AUGUUAGCUUUCUUGAGAGAUAGAGAGAGAAGAGGACUCAGGAGGAUAGCAACAGUGGAGGUACUGAUUGAGAGAGAGCUUUUGUCAUUUGAUGUGACUUAUUGGUGGUUUGGCGAUGACGGUAAUGAUGCGGACAUUGUUGAUGUGACAAAAAGAGGUUCUCAAAACUUGUCUUCAUUUAAUGAGGGUUUUCGAGUCUCUUGGUGGUCGUGA